AUGUCGCCCACGCCCACGCCCACGCCCACGCCCACGCCCACCCUCCGGAGCCUAGCUCUCCCCACGCACACACCCGCCGGCCUCCCCACCACCGACGGCGAAUCCGGGCUCCGCAUCGCCGGCUUCCUCCCCGCCGCCAGCCCCCUCCGCCGCACAAUCCCCUCCUACUACUCCACCGCCGGCUACUCCAACCGCAGCAGCACCGACGACCCCGCCCUCUCCCUCCCCCUCCCCCUCCCCCUCCCCCUCCCCGCCGCCCCUACCACCUCGCACCCCACCACCGCCACACCGCCCACCUACGACGAGACCGUCCAGCUCCCGCCCUCCCGCUUCCGCAUCACGCCGCGCGAGGAAGAAGGAAACGAGCAGCUGCCCGCAUACACGUGCACGCUGCACAAGGAGGCCCUCUUCGAGCACAAGCCCGAGAUGAGCUCGCCGUUUGAGCGCGCGCCGAAGCGCCGCUGGGGCAAGACGUACGCCGUGCUCUACGGCACGCUACUAACGCUGCAUAGGCCCCGGAAGGUCCCGUUCUUUGCGUCGGCGGUGAAGAAGGCGCGGGGCAGGGAGGGGCGGCCCGUGGGGCAUGUGCCGGGCGAGAUGGUGCGCUCGUAUACGCUGCAGCUGGCGGAGGUGGGGAUUGCGGCGGAUUAUCGCAAACGCCACUUCGUGAUCCGCAUCCGCGCCCAAACCGAGCAGUUCCUGCUGAGCUGCCGCACGCUCGAGGUCUUCCUCGAAUGGCUCGAGGCGCUCAGCGCGGCCGUCGACCUCUCGCCCUCACUCGAGGAGCGCUCUCUGCCCCGUUACCAAACGCUCCCACGCCGCCGCCGCCGUCGUCGGGACCAACAAGACGCCUCCUCCUCCUCCUCCUCCCCCACCCCCAACACCACCACCACCACCACCACCACGACCCCCGCCGCCCCCGAGCGCAACGACACGCCCUCCCUACCCCCUCUCCCACCCCCACGCUCCCGCCCCCGCGCCCAGACGCGCCUCCCGCAGCAGCAGCAGACGGACGACGACGUGUCUGCGUCCGGCAAGUGGGCGCCUGCGCAGGCCGUGACGGCGGAGGCGAACAUGCGCUAUGCGCGGCGGUGCAUGGCGGUGCUGGUGGGCGACGCGCCAAGGCAGAGCGACUACGUGAUUAAGGACGGGAAGCGGUACAGACUGGUGUAUGAGAAGAAGAUGCUGGAGCCUGUUGAGGCGGGUGCGGGCGCGGGAGGGGGCGCGGAGGAGGAGGUGGUGCUGCCGCCGGCUUAUGAGGGGCUUGUUGUGGCCGCUGUGGGGAUGGUAGGGAAGGGGAAGGGUGUGGUUGUGGGGGGGAAGAUGAUCAUGAGGAGGGGUGCGGAGGAGGAGGAGGAGGAGGAGGAGGAGGAGGAGGAGGAGGAGGAGGAGGCGGAGGAGGAUGGUGAUGAGGAGGAGGACGGGGAGGAGGAGGAUUUGAGGCCUGCUAUUGUGGUGUAG